AUGCAGCCUCAACCACUAAAACUUACCAUCAAAUUGAAGAUUGAUAAAUCUGCCGACAACCCGGGUAAUGUAGAGCAAGAACCCGAUGCCGCAAGUAAUUCUAAUCUGCCGAACAACCUGUCAACGAAUUCUAAAGAUGAACCCAAAUUAAGUUGUACAGAAGCUCUGGAAAAACACAGCACUGAAGAUAACGAACCGAAUGAAAAUUCUCAGUAUCAGUUGGUGGUUUAUGAUGCCACUGCAAGUGGUACUACUAAUGGCUCUAUUGUGACUAGAGCUUCUCGUAGGCCUUCAAAUCAGCCAGCACGUGUUUUCCCGUCUGUGGGUGCCUUCACCGUUCAGUGCUCUAACUGUUUCAAGUGGAGGAUCGUCCCAACAAAGGAGAAGUAUGAGGAAAUAAGAGAGCAUAUUACCGAACAGCCCUUUUUUUGUGAAACGGGUCGGGAGUGGCGGCCCGAGAUUUCGUGCGAUGACCCGCCUGAUAUAACGCAGGAUGGGAGUAGGCUAUGGGCGAUUGACAAACCGAACAUUGCGCAGCCGCCGCCAGGCUGGCAACGACUACUGAGACUCAGAGGGGAAGGAAGCUCAAAGUUUGCAGACGUGUACUAUGUUUCACCAUCGGGCAAGAGACUUCGUUCAAUGGUUGAAGUUCAAAGGUACCUUAAUGAGCACCCGGAAUACUUAGAAGAUGGUGUUAGCUUGUCUCGGUUUUCUUUCCAAACCCCAAAACCUUUGCGCGAGAGCUAUGCGCGAAAGCGUCCUGCUCAAGAUACGUUUAAUGAUGAUGCUGGUUCUGAAGGGAUUUCACAAGUUCAACCGAUAGCAUGGAUAAGUCCUGAUGUGGACACGGACCUUCAGCUUAGAGGGCCCGGGCUUUCGACCGACUAUUCAAAGUCUCUUGAUUCAACCCCUGAAAUCAAAUCGGCAAAGAAGAAAACCCUGAAAAGGUCCCUAUCCAAAGGGAGUUGCAAUGCCAAUUUGGAAAAAAAGUUUAACUGCAGUGAUGUCGAUGUGGGAGAGUCUCAUCAGCUUUGA